AUGCAAUCUCAAAUAAACAGAACUGAAAUUCUAACAAAGGUUAAGAAAUGCCACAAAAACAUUUCUAAACUUAAUAAUAAAUUAGAUAUUCUUGAUACCCUUAUGAAAAAACAAAAUUUCGACAUCGAAAAAAAUACAGAUGUAAAAAAAUAGAAAGCGACAGAGAACCCUGUAAUCAUUAUUCAUGAUGAAACUAGUUUGGAAAUAAUAAUUGAUGCAGAUGAUCCCUAACAAGAACAAGCAGUUAAUGUAAAAGAGAUUGCUCGCAAAUUAAUAUCACGCUUUUAUUAUCAUAUCAAAUAAAAAAUGAGGCGGGGUUCAAUCAAUCAAGUUUAAGCAUUAAAGUAAUUUUAUUCUAAGGAUUACAAUGAUGAUCUGUAUUAGAAACUUCAUUAAGGAUUAUUGAAAUUGUAUUUUGAAAAAGAUUAAAAGUGUAAAGAAUGUCAUCAAACCAUACAGGAUUAGCAAACUUGCCUAAGCCACAUCAGGAACGAGCAUUUGAAUGAUUUACAAAUUUAUAUAUGUCUUGAAUGUAAGUCGUCUUUUUCUAAAGAAGAUUAAUUGGAAAAGCAUAAUUAAUAAGAACAUAAUUAAUUUUAAACUAUAUUAUAAAAUCAAAAAGAAACAAAUGUACAUCAAUCUCAGAGCAAACUAUUAAGUAUUGGGAAUAUCAUUCAACAUAAUUUUAAUUAGAAAUUGGAUUUGAAUAAGAUAGUUUAAGAUAUAUAACCUCAACCUAUCCUUAAGAAAAUAUUAGUGUCUUAAUUAAAUAAUACUAAAAGUUUAAGAUCUUCUUCUGAUGAAGCUAAAUAAAGCAUGCCAGUAUUAAAUUAGGUUUAUAUACCAGUGGAUUUGAAUAAAGGGGAUAUAGAAGAGAAUCAAGAACAAAACAAAAAUAUAGGUCCUUAUGUUACUAAAAAACCAUCCAAACUUAAAAUUAAAUUCAUAUAAGUAUAAAAAAAUGAUAAAACAUAAAAAAAUUGA